AUGGCAUCGGAAUCUGAGAGGUUGCCUUGCCUUGAUGGCUCCUCUGACCGAACCAAAGCUACCCAGGAUGCAGAGGUUGCAUCAGAUACCCUGACUCGUUCGUCCAGUGAUGGGGACAUGACGGAGAUUCCGCGUCCAAGCGUUAAAUCUCCCCAGCCCAUGUCCCAGAUGCCUAAGCUCAUCCACAAUCUUCAAAUAUCUUCCAUCCCGGCAUCUUCUUCCGCCUCCGCCGUCUCCUCCCGCGACUCCUCCCCUCUCCGAAACUCCUCACGCACUAACAAUACAUCAUUAACCGACCGAGUACAAUCCCAUUCCCACUCGCGUAGAAGCAGCAAGGACCGACUUGGACACGCCAGAUCACUUAGCAACGGUCACCUGUCAACUAUUCCUAUACGAUCUUCUACGCCUCCUGCUCAACUCGCAGGGGCCCAACCCAGUACUCCGGAUCGUCCAGCAAAUGUUCUCAGUCCAGAAAAUCCCAAUAUGCCAUCACGGGCAGAGAAUCGUCGCGCGGAACCAGAGUCCACUCUACCGAAUACCUCGCAGAAGCGAUCAUUCCCUCAGUAUGACGAAUAUGGAAAGACGGAACGAAGCAGUCCUCGUACUGUCGCGAGGGGUGCCAGUGGGCAAGGCCUCUCUCUGGAGACGGUCCAAGAGAUGGCAAGUGAUCCAUCGACGUCGAGUGAGACCAUUCUUCUACCGGCCACACCAGUGACUCCCGACGAUUCUCGACUACAUACUAUUGACGAAGACCCAACACCGCGAGCCUCAAGACAUAAUACAGAGAGCGGGAGUGACAGUGGGGGAAACAGGAGCUCGGAGAUGAGGGAGGAAAGCCGCUCUCGUGCAACUAGUAGUUCAACCAGGCCCCCUGGUAUAAUGCCACAGCGGUCUUCAACGUCUCUCAGUGCUGGUGCCCGGGGGAAGCCUGCUGAUGUCUCGGUCCGCAACAUGACGGUAGAAACAGAGACUGUCAGCUCCAUACCGCAAGUGUCUUUAGGUGUUGGCGCCGGUGAACGAGGCACUACAGGCCGCGCUGAACCGGGUACUCUACGCAUGAAGCGAUCCACCGAAACAAUCCGGCCUCGCAAAGAAAAGAAAAAGAAUCGCCGGCAAAAUAAUCUCACGGGUCCCGCCUCAAGCAAGGCUGAUAUCUUUGAGGCUAAAGUCGCGAGUGCGGUGGACGAAGCUGAUGUUUCUGACUCCGACGAGACAUUUGUCUACGAAUCUAAUCCUCCCGAUCCAUUCCCUCCUCGGCAAUCACGAUACCAUUCUCGGACACCUAGUGCCACCUCCAUGGCAAGCCAAGUGGAUCAGCUGGCUGGUCUGUCUAAUCUGGGUGGCCGUUCACGCGGUGGCCUUCGAGAUGGUGUUCACAGUGUCACUGGGAAGCGCAGCAUGAAAUUCACUAACAACACGUACACCAGUAGCUUGGAUGGCGAGGCUGCGGAGGCUGACGGGAACCGAAAUGGGUCGAGAGGCGAUGGGAGUGGUACAAUCACCCCGCGGCACCAUCACAUUGGACGCCAUGGGCGUAGCAUUUACCCGUCUCUCUUCGACAACGACUCGCCUUUCCCUUCAUCUCAGACGCAACAGCCGCUGAAAUCACCGCGGCAUUUCAUUGGCAGUGGAUAUAGAACCUCGCGCAAUAGUAAUACGCGUUCUUCGCCCAACUACAGAUCCGUCAGCGGCUCCAAGAAGGCGGGUGAGGUAUACGAUUUUGACGCAGAAGGGGCCGAUGAUGAGCGCACGCCACUGGUGGGCAAUCCACGAGUACCUCGCAGUCGCCAUGGGCGUCGCCCGAAUAGCGCCAGUCUGCGACAAAUGGAAUACAUGGCGCAACGUGAACGCGGUUGCCUAUCGCGAUUCGGUUCUUGUUUCAUGCUCAUUCUGUUGGUGCUCAUGGUUACCGGUUUUGUGACAUCAUUCUUUAUUGCCGCAACGAAGACCCUUGUUGAUGUCGAAGUUGUUGCUAUCGAAAAUGUGCUUGCUUCGGAGCAGGAGAUCAUGCUUGAUCUCAAAGUACACGCGGUUAAUCCGAAUAUCUUCCCGGUGACCAUCGACGACACCGAUAUUAAUAUUUUUGCCAAGAGUCGAUACGUUGGCUCGGACAAAUUCUGGCGCGAGCAUCACGAUGUUGAACUAAUGGAAACCCCACCGCGAGUGCAAGACAGUCGGCGCAAAUGGAAACUUGCACAGUUUGUACGAUGUCUUGGGAACGCCGAUUGCAUAGAGGCGGAGAAUAAAAAGCCGAAUCAAAAGUCGAACGGCGGCGUCGACCAUGGCACUGAUCCAAUCUCUGACCCAGAGGGUGACUCUCAGACCAUGCUGCUCGGUCGUGUAUUAGCAUUUGACUCCCCACUCUCCUUUGAGGCAUCUCCAUGGAGCCACAGGCUGUCCACUUCCAAGGGACAAAUUCAGUUGCCCCAUCCUGGGAAUACGACUGACCAACAUGGCAUUGAACGCUGGGAGCAAGUUCUACAGCAUCCGUUUGAGCUGAUUGUCCGUGGAGUAAUCAAGUAUCAACUUCCCUUCAACUCCCGCUACCUUUCCGCCCCUAUAAGCUCCAGUAUCAAAGUGGUCCCCAAUGAUGAUGAUGAUGAUAGCGACACUGCGCCUCCAAGCAAUGAAACCGCCCACGUCUCAUUUACCACGAGCACCUCAAUUCCCUUCACCGUGGACUCCGAGACAGCGGACUCUGACACCCCUCCCAAUGGGAACAUUUAA